AUGGACCAGAAUCCUGUACCUUACCUACAAAGGUUGCAUGAAACCCGUUCAGGAGACAUCUGCAAUGCCUGUGUUUUGCUUGUCAAAAGAUGGAAGAAAUUACCAGCCGGAUCAAAAAAAAACUGGAAUCAUGUGGUAGAUGCCAGAGCAGGUCCCAGCCUAAAGACUACCUUGAAACCAAAGAAAGUGAAAACUCUAUCUGGAAACAGGAUAAAAAGCAACCAGAUCAGUAAACUGCAGAAGGAAUUUAAACGUCACAAUUCUGAUGCCCACAGUACCACCUCAAGUGCCUCGCCAGCCCAGUCUCCUUGUUAUAGUAACCAAUCAGAUGACGGCUCAGAUACAGAGAUGGCUUCUGGCUCUAACAGGACACCAGUUUUUUCCUUUUUAGAUCUUACAUAUUGGAAAAGACAGAAAAUAUGUUGUGGGAUCAUCUAUAAAGGCCGCUUUGGGGAAGUCCUCAUCGAUACCCAUCUAUUCAAGCCCUGUUGCAGCAAUAAGAAAGCCAGCACUGACAAGCCGGAGGAGCCGGGCCCAGAGCCUCUGCCCAUCUCCACUCAGGAAUGGUGACCGAGGCCCACGCAGAAGCCAUCGGAAGUUUGCAGAGACCACAAGCAACCAACUGACCCUCUUCUUUUGAACUUGGAUCCCUGCUAUUCUGCCAAAAGACAUUUUCUAGAAUAGUUUUUUUGAAUGGUUUUUCUUUUCCCUCCCUAGUCCCACAAACUCUAAAGCCAGUGUCUACUUACUACAAAUAAGAAAAAGGAAAAAAAAGAAGUGUACAUAAUAUUUAAGAUGCUGAGUAUUUCAUAGGAAAGCUGAAUGCUGCUGUAAAGUGCUCUUUAAGUCUUUUUUUAAUCCCCUUCUAAUGAAUAAAAUUAGGGGAAAUUCAGGGGACAGAGAUGGGAUUUGUUGUAUGCUAAGCCGUAUGUAGUUUUAGUCUUUCUCUAUCGGGAAGCCGUGGUUGGGGGCAUUUUCUUCGAUGGCUGGAUGCACUUGUUUUCCCUCCCGAUUCUACAUUUGUAACAUGACCUGCCCCUAGAUAGAGGUGGCUGUUGUUGGUAACUUUGGCAUACUUAGGUCUUGCCAUAGUUUUGAUGACUCAAACCUAUACUACUGAUUACUAAGCAGGACAGUGAGCUUUGGGAUGCAUGAUAGCUUGAUGGAAGAGGUAUGUCUAAAUCAUAGGGAGCUUGACUGUAUAUGUUGCAUCUUUUGUUACCUCCCAUCAUUAAUAUUGGAUGCAGGUUUUAAUUCAUGUGGAAAUCUGAAAGCAGAAUCCAAGCACCUCAUGUGGAAAUGGCAAUUCUCUAGGGUAGGCAAGACGAGAUCCUGUUUGAACUGGUACCAAAGCGUCACCGCCUGGCAGAGAGCAAAAGGCUUUGACUAUAAAUGUUAAGCUAUAUGAAUAAAAGGUGCAAGUUUUCAGGAUGGGAUGGAACAAAAGUGAAUGCUAUUUAGGGCACAUUUCUCUGAGGGCUUGCCCGUGUGAAUGACUGGUGUUGUUUGUGUUAUGUGGCUGUUCCUCAGAUUCCUGAAAUGUGCACAAUUCAGUUUUAGCUCUGGAUUGCUUCCACUGACCUUUGUGAAGGUUUUAUCUACACAGAUGGCAUUGACUUGUUUUAACCUAUUAAGGGUUUGUUGUUUUUUUCCCCACUAUUUAAAGUUUAUUAGAAGAAAAGGCAUGUGUUAAUGCUAAGUAGAUUGGUUUGGGGUUCAUUCAGAUUUUUCUUUUUCCUUUUUUGAAUGAGACUUUUGAAACUACAAGGUAUACUGAAGUUGGAGCCCCUAAUUCCCAUAUCCUCACUAAAAGCCUCACUUAUGAGGCACUGGUGGCACAGGUCUGUAACCCUAGUUACUCAGGAGGCUAUUAUCUGAAGAUUGCAGUUCAAA